UCAAAAAGGAAAUCCAUUUACCCUGAUACUUCUCCUAACCUUUUCAACAGUACAAAACGUGACCUUGCUGACUAUUCAGCAAUCCUCGUGUGUCACAUGGUAAAUAAAUAAAAUAGAUAAAAUAUAUAGAAAAAGAAAAAAUAAAAUAAAAGAGCCUGGGAACAGCUAUAUCUAUGAUGAGCAUACCAUACGCAUCUCUCUACCUCCUUCCUCUCCUAAAUUAUUCAUCACCACAUUUGACCCACACAACUCGAUGGCCAUUUCUCUGUCCAACAAUCCUCUUCUUUUCCAAUCAGAAAAUUGUUUCUCUACACCAUCUCCUUUAAUUAGCCGUACGAAAUCUAUUGAUUUCGCUACCAGAAGUAGUACACCUGCUAUUACUAUACCUCGAGUUUUGUCACCACCAAACGAGUCUUUAUCCUCUAUUAUUACAGAGCUAGAAAAAGAAGAAACCCUGCAAGAACAAGAAUUCCUCAGUAGUUACUCGGCAACUCAUAGCAAACGAGAAUCUGGAAGAAAAUUAGCUAAUGUUUGGAGAGAAAUCCAUGGUCAAGAUGACUGGGUAGGCUUACUCGAUCCAGUUGACCCACUUUUACGAUCAGAAUUAAUCCGAUACGGCGAGAUGGCACAAGCUUGCUACGACGCUUUCGAUUACGACCCUUAUUCCAAAUACUGCGGCAGUUGCAGAUUCGUUCGGCGUAGGUUUUUCGAGUCACUUGGUAUGACACAUCAUGGCUAUGAAGUCACUAGAUACCUCUACGCUGUAAAUAAUAUCAACCUCCCUAAUUUCUUCAAGCGAUCACGGUGGCCUAAAAUGUGGAGCAACAAAGCUAACUGGAUUGGAUACGUCGCCGUUUCUAACGACGAAACGACUAAACGUUUAGGCCGCCGUGAUAUCACCAUUGCCUGGAGAGGCACAGUUACGCGUCUCGAAUGGAUUGCAGAUUUGAUGGAUUUUCUCAAACCCGUUAACGGCAACAAAAUCCCAUGUCCAGAGCCAACAGUGAAAGUUGAAUCAGGGUUUUUAGAUCUCUAUACAGACAAAGAAGUGAACUGCAGAUUCUGUAAGUUCUCAGCUAGAGAACAGAUUUUAACUGAGGUUAAACGGCUGACAGAAAUGUAUGUUAACGAAGAAAUAAGCAUUACGAUUACAGGACACAGUUUAGGCAGUGCUUUGGCUAUGUUAAGUGCAUACGAUAUCGUUGAAACAGGGUUGCACCUAAUGCAAGAUGGCAGAGCUUUGCCGGUUUGUGUAUUUUCAUAUUCGGGUCCCCGGGUCGGGAAUGUGAGAUUUAAGGAAAGGAUAGAAUCAUUAGGAGUGAAAGUGUUGAGGGUGGUGAAUGUGCAUGAUGUAGUGCCUAAGGCUCCAGGGUUCUUAUUUAAUGAACAAGUGCCGCCGAUGCUGAUGAAGCUGGCUGAAGGAUUGCCGUGGUGCUAUUCUCAUAUUGGAGUGGAGUUGGCUCUGGAUCAUAAAAACUCUCCGUUUUUGAAAGAUACGGUUGACCCGGUUUGUGCUCACAACUUGGAGGCUCACUUGCAUUUGCUAGACGGAUACCAUGGAAAAGGGCAAAGAUUUGUACUGGCAAGUGGAAGGGACCCUGCAUUGGUAAACAAGGCAUCAGAUUUCUUGAAAGAUCAUUACUUGGUUCCACCAUUUUGGAGGCAAGAUGAGAACAAAGGCAUGAUCAUGAAUAAUGAUGGCAGGUGGGUUCAACCUGAACGCCCUAAACUUGACGAUCAUCCUUCUGAUAUGCACCAUCAUCUCAAGAAAUUAGGCCUUUCUUCUUCUGAAUGCUGAGAAUUUCUUUUAUCAUUCGUCAGGCAAAAUGGGUUGAUUAGUUAAUUACUUGACGCUAUUAUUUAUAAAUGUAGAGAAGAGUUAAGAUCUAGGCUUUCUAAAGAAAAUGUAAUAUAUAUUUACUGGACUGGACAGAAAUGAUGUAAACAUGAAAGGCGUAAUUUGUUUAUUUGCCAGUUGGCCAGCUA